GAGGGUAUGCCAGAGAGAGCUAGCGGUCCGACAGCCACAAAACCAGCGCCAAAGGCUAUCGAUUAAGGCGCAGCGGUCCAGCAGCAUGUCGACAAUGCCAUUGUGCCCCUCCCUGGAAGCAACAUGGAGGACCUGUACGAGCGGACGACGUGGCCGUCUAAGCUGGAAUCAGAGCUAAAAUCGGAGCCUGAAUCAGAGCCGGAUUCGUGGAGGCUCGGAGGCUCCAUCGUUGGCCUGCGAUGUUGGGGGGGGCCCGGAAUGGCCUAGGUCGGGAGGACGAUAUCGAGCUGGGUCAGGCCGGGCGUGAUGCUCCUUGCCCAGUGUGCGUCAGGCCCCCGGAGAGAGCGAGCCCGUCUGGCGUCUAUGGGCGGCCAGUAUGUCGGGUUAUUAUCGGACCAGGCACGGCUCGUAAGCUGUGUGUCGUUGGCGAGCUUCCAGACCUUGCGCGACACGCGGGCUCCAAAGCUGUAGUUGGGGUCGGCGCCAGCAGCCGGUGCCCGUGCCAGCGUGGCCGGCCCAUUGAACUUGGCGGCCCGGAGGAGCGGGAAGUGGGAGUGACAAUUCACGCCUCGGUCGUACAGGAUAGGGUUGAAGAAGAGAAGAGAUCGUCUCCAAGAUCAUCGAAUCCUACACCCGCGAGGCGGGGGUGCGCAACCUGGAGCGCGAAAUAUCGUCGGUCCUGCGCGGCAAGGCAGUCCAGUUUGCCGACGCCAAGGACGAGGGCCACCUGGAGAAAUAUACCCCUCGUCAAUCCCCCUUGAUCCCCUCGCCCACAUAAUUCAAAAGGCAAUCGGCGC